UUCAGCUGCAUUUACCUUUACCGCCCGCAUCCUAACUAUGGAUCAGACUGGAGGACCGGAGCUCCUCCUCCCAACAUUUCUGCCUGAACAAAAUCUUUGUUCCGCCGGGAGACGGUUACAUUAACAGAGCAGCAAAAAUUACUGGAACAGGUCUGACCGGGACUGAGUCCAGCAUGCAACUUCUGCGCCACCUUACCUCAGCAGGUUCCUGGAGUUCCCACUCACACCUGGCAUGUUUCUUUAUUGUCGCCCUGUACUCUGGAGGAGCGUCGUCCCUUUACGGGCCUGCCGUGGCCACGGGCCUCGGAUCCGCCUUCUCCGCCGCUCAGACCAGCAGCGUGGUGGGAGGCAAGCAGAAAGCCGUGACUUUCAACAAGCUCUUGGUCAACACCGGAAGGGACUUUAAUCCGGACACCGGCCACUUCCGCUGCCGCAUCCCCGGGGCUUAUUAUUUCUCCUUUUCUGUGGGGAAGUUCCCCGGCAAGCUGCUCUCUGUCAUCCUGGUGAAGAACGGGGAGGAGGUGCAAGCCAUCGCUUAUGAUGACUACCGCAGGAUUGGCCGGAAGGUCCAAAGCCAGAGUGUGAUGAUAAGUUUGAAGGAAAUGGACACCGUGUGGCUGCUUUUGCAGCAGAGUCCCCAGUAUGCCGUGUACAGCAACGCUGGCCCUUACAUCACCUUCUCUGGUUAUCUGGUGUACCCAAAGCUUCAGCCAGCCGCUCAUGUCAGCAACCACCUCUCCUCGCCCGCUCUGUUUUACCCCGACUGCCCGCCUGAGGCUGUGGAGCGGCCGCGGUCGGCCUUCUCGGCGGCCCGGACGUCCACGCUCGUGGGUCAGAACGGCAGGCACCACGCCAAGCCUCCCCUGACCUUCGACGUGGAAUUUGUCAACAUAGGGGGCCACUUCAACAAAACCUCGGGCCUGUUCACGUGCCGCGUCCCCGGGGUGUACUUCUUCGCUUUCACGGUGGGCAAACACCCUCGCAAGGCCGUCUCCGUGAAGCUGAUGACCGGGAGCGGGCAGGUGCAGGCCAUGGUGUUCGACGAGGACACGUCGAAGAGGAGAGAGAUGCAGAGCCAGAGCCUGAUGCUGCAGCUCAGCAGGGGGGAAACGGUGUGGCUGUACAGCCAGCAGGACAAACGCUACGCCGUUUACAGCAACCAGGGAAGGUACACCACCUUCUCUGGCUUCCUGGUCUACCCCUCUGAGGAAACGACCCCCAACAACCCAGACAGACCCCACCUUUAAACAACUCUGUCUGCGAUGCUGUCUGUGGUGAAUGCCUGGGUCUGUGGGGGAAAUUAAGUGAUUUAAAUGUGGACGUAUGAGGCGAGUUUGUAGUGUUUGCUUUUGUUUUGUAUUUUCUUCGGGUUUUUUGUUUUCCACCAGAUGGCGCUACGAGACAGAAUGACGCACAAUGCCCAGCAGCAGGUUCUGACGCAUCACCGUGAUCCUGUGGCCAGAACAAGAAUG